AGAAAUGGACGGCGUUGUAACCAGCAUGCAAUCGUAUUCUUAAGUUACGGCCCUGGUCUGCCUUUAUCCACGCGUUUCCGAGUUUGAUGGUGUGGACUUGGUGCUAAGUGGGAGCUAUUGGAAGUUUUUGUUUGUUUGGGAAGCACCUGUCGUACUGAAAAUGACGGAACGGAAAGGAACUGCCAAACUUGCCUUUCUACGAAAGAUAGAACGUGAAGUCCAGAAGAAAUGGGAGAAGGAGAAGGUGUUUGAAUGUGAUUCGCCCAGCACACCAGAGCAAACCGAGAAUAAGAACAAGUACCUCGUAACGUUCCCCUACCCGUACAUGAAUGGAAGACUUCAUCUGGGUCACACAUUCUGCCUGUCAAAGUGUGAGUUUGCCAUGGGAUACCAGCGCUUGAAAGGGAAACGAUGUCUCUUUCCUUUCGGACUGCACUGUACAGGAAUGCCCAUCAAAGCCUGUGCAGACAAGCUGAAGCGAGAGAUCGAGCUUUACGGUAACCCACCCCAGUUCCCCGAUGAGGAGGAGGAAGAGGAGCCAAAGCAAAACGCAGGAGAUGAGAUCAUAAUCAAGGACAAGACGAAGGGGAAGAAGAGUAAAGCUGCUGCCAAAUCCGGAGGAGCGAAGUUUCAGUGGGACAUCAUGAAGUCACUUGGCCUGCGAGAUGCAGAGAUUGUCAGGUUUGCGGACGCAGCUCAUUGGCUGGAUUACUUCCCCCCACUGGCGGUUCAGGACCUGAAGGACAUGGGAUUGAAGGUGGACUGGCGAAGAUCCUUCAUCACAACUGAUGUCAAUCCCUUCUAUGACUCUUUUGUCAGGUGGCAAUUUGUAACCCUAAAAGAAAAGAAUAAGAUCAAGUUUGGCAAGAGGUACACCAUUUAUUCUCCCAAGGAUGGACAGCCUUGCAUGGACCAUGACAGGCAGACAGGAGAGGGUGUAGGACCACAGGAAUAUACCCUCAUUAAAAUGAAGAUCCUUGAUCCAUACCCUUCAAAACUAAGUGCACUUAAGGGGAGGAACGUCUUCCUGGUAGCAGCCACUCUACGGCCAGAGACGAUGUUUGGACAGACCAACUGCUGGGUCAGACCUGACAUGAAGUACAUUGCCUUUGAGACGGUGAACAAGGACGUCUUCAUCUGCACACGAAGGUCGGCCAGGAACAUGUCCUACCAGGACUUCACCAUGGAGAAUGGGGUGAUUCCUGAGAUCAUGCAGCUUCUAGGCCAGGACAUUCUUGGCUGCUCUCUGAGUGCCCCGCUGACCUCUUACAAGGUUAUAUAUGCACUGCCGAUGCUUACUAUCAAGGAUGACAAAGGGACCGGCGUGGUCACUAGCGUGCCUUCUGAUGCCCCGGAUGACAUCGCUGCUCUCAGGGAUAUAAAGAAGAAGCAGGCUUUGAGGGAGAAGUACGGCAUCAGUGAUGAGAUGGUGCUGCCGUACGAGCCGGUUCCCAUCAUCGACAUUCCUGGCUAUGGGAACCUCUCGGCUCCACUGGUGUGUGAUGAGCUCAAGAUCCAGAGCCAGAACGACCGGGAGAAGCUAGCCGAGGCUAAGGAGAAGGUCUACCUCAAGGGCUUCUACGAAGGGGUCAUGCUGGUGGAUGGAUACAAAGGACAGAAAGUCCAGGAUGUGAAAAAGCCGAUCCAGAAAAUGAUGGUGGAGAAGGGUGAGGCCUUGAUCUAUAUGGAACCAGAGAAGCAGGUGAUGUCACGGUCAGCGGAUGAGUGUGUGGUGGCUCUUUGUGACCAGUGGUACUUGGACUAUGGGGACACUGACUGGAAAGGACAGGCUUCUGACGUCCUCAAACAGAUGGAGACGUUCUGUGAUGAGACCAGGAAGAACUUUGAGGCGACCCUGGCCUGGCUUAAGGAGCAUGCCUGCUCUCGUACCUACGGCCUAGGAACACGGCUGCCGUGGGACGAGCAGUGGCUGAUUGAGUCGCUGUCUGACUCCACCAUCUACAUGGCGUACUACGCUGUGGCUCACCUGCUGCAGGGGGGGGUGCUCAAUGGCCAGGGGCCUUCGCCUCUGGGUGUCCGGCCGGAGCAGAUGACCCGGGAGGUGUGGGAUUAUAUCUUCUUCAAGGACGCCCCCUUCCCCAGUACCAGUAUCUCAAAGGAGAGCUUGCAGAAGCUCCGACGGGAGUUUGAGUACUGGUACCCCGUGGAUGUCCGUGUUUCGGGGAAAGACCUGGUGCCCAAUCACCUCUCCUACUACCUGUACAACCACGUAGCCAUGUGGCCCAAUGACCCUGGGAAGUGGCCCCAGGCUGUCAGAGCCAAUGGGCACCUGCUUCUGAAUUCAGAGAAGAUGUCCAAAUCCACUGGUAAUUUUCUCACCCUGAGCCAAGCUAUCAACAAGUUCUCUGCUGACGGGAUGCGCCUGGCGCUGGCCGACGCGGGGGAUACCGUGGAGGAUGCCAACUUUGUGGAGGCCAUGGCCGACGCUGGCAUCCUGCGCCUCUACACCUGGCUGGAGUGGGUGAAGGACACAAUGGCCAAUCAGGGAUCCCUGCGCACAGGGCCGGCGGACUCCUUCAACGAUCGCGUCUUUGUAAGUGAGAUGAAUGCUGGCAUCUUGAGGACGGAGCAGCACUACGAGAGGAUGAUGUAUAAGGAGGCGCUGAAGUGCGGCUUCUUUGAGUUCCAGGCGGUGAAAGACAGGUACCGGGAGCUGGCGAUGGAGGGCAUGCACAGGGAGCUGGUGUUCCAGUUCAUCACCAAUCAGACGCUGCUUCUGGCGCCCAUCUGCCCUCACCUGUGUGAGCACGUCUGGGCCCUCCUGAAGAAGCCCGACUCUCUGAUGAAGGCCUCGUGGCCCGUGCCCGGCCCGGUGGACGAGGUCCUGAUCCGCUCCUCCCAGUACCUCAUGGAGACGGCUCACGACCUGCGGCUGAGACUCAGGGCCUACAUGCAUCCCCCGAAGAACAAGAAAGGGGACAGCAAAGCUCCAGGGAAGCCGUCGCACUGCACCAUCUACGUGGCUAAAAGCUACCCCCCAUGGCAGCACUGCACCCUCUCCCUGCUGGCAAAGCACUACAAGGCCGACGACGGGAAGCUGCCCGACAACAAGGCGAUCGUGGGGGAGUUGGGCGCCCUGCCAGAGCUCAAAAAGUACAUGAAGAGGGUGAUGCCCUUUGUGGCUAUGAUCAAGGAAAACCUGCAGAAGAAUGGACCACGUGUUCUGGACCUGGAGCUAGAGUUUGAUGAGAGAGCGGUUCUCCUGGAGAACAUGGUUUACCUAACCAACUCCCUUGAGCUGGAUCAGAUCGAUGUCGUAUUCGCAUCAGAGGCGGAUGACAAAAUAAGGGAGGAGUGUUGUCCUGGGAAACCGUUUAGCAUCUUCAGAACGGAGCCUGGGGUCUCUGUGUCCUUGAUCAACCCUCAACCAGCCAACGGACUCUUCAGCACCAAGUUGGACGUCCACCAAGGCGACAGUAAGGACAGCAUCGUCCGCCGGCUGUCCAGAGCGAACAGAGCAAUCAAAGAUCUGACACGAGUGAAGCUGAUGAGAUAUGAUGACCCUCUUCUGGGACCUCGGAGGCUGCCUGUCUUGGGGAAGGAGGAACAGGGCAAGACGGCCAUCUCCGACAAGUCCACGUUCCAGGUCGACCUGUCUGCAAAGAAGGUGCUGCUGACGGAGAACGGCCUAAACGUGGAUAUCGGGGACACUCUAGCCUAUCUGGUUCAUUAAAGGUCAACGGCAUUGAGCGGGGGGGGGGGGGGGUGUUCUGCUCACAUGCCUGGAGAAUGCAGUCAGCAUCUCGGUCCGUUUGCCAUGUGAUGCCCGUCUCUCUACACACCUUCAGGAAGCCAGGAUGACCUCUGACUACCCCAGAAUUACUGUUAUUCUAACAGUCAAAUAGACUGAUGUGAUUGUUGUUUAACAGCUUUGCGGUGUCUAAUAAAAGCAAAUGUUGGAGAAA